CUCUUCCCCGCGGGGCUGCGGGUUCCGGCCGGACCGAGUCACCUGUCGCACCGCUGCCGGAAGUGGCUGCGGACCACAGCCUUGAGGAGCGAAAAUGGCGCCGGUGGCGGAUGCUGCCUGAUCCACGGAGUUCCUCCAGCGCAUUGUGUUCCACGGUGAGGUGGCCUUCACUGGCCAAAAGCGUUUCCCCUCCCUCCGUCCCCCGCAUCGUGCCGACCCCUCGCCCUGCCCCGCGGUGACCCCUGACCCCGCUGUGACCCAUGGCUCCCCCUGCAGCGACCCCUCGCCCCGCCCCGUGGUGAACCAAACAGCUCAGCUGCCAAACCCUCGCCGCUUCUCUCUCCCUGACCCUCACCCAGUGCUCCUCUCCCCCCCGCACAUCCUUUGACCGGGUGCCGCUGUGUUGCAGCUACCGCUGACCGCUGGGAAUGAUCGGCCAUGGGCCGCAGUGAGUCACCAGUAGACGCGCCCGCUGACGGGUCGCGGCAGGGCCGGGCAGCGGGCAGCCGUGAGUCGCCGGCUCGGGACCGGGGUCACGGGGUGAAGCGGAGGCACAGUACGUCGGCUGAGGACGGGUGUAGGCACAAGAAACGGAGCCGCUCCUCCAAGAGGAAGAAGGAGAAGGAGAAGGAGAGGAGGAGGAAGAAGAAAUCCAAGAAGGAGAAGAAGCGGAGAAAGGUGGAGAGUGAGGGAGGAUCGGAGGCGGCGACGGAGACCCCCCUGAGUGAGGUGGUGGCCGGACCCCCAGAGGAGCUGAGGGAGCGGCCAGAGGAAUCGGGCACAGAUGAGCAGAGGGCCCGGAUCCAGGCCAUGCGGCCCAUGACCAAGGAGGAGUGGGAUGCCAGGCAGAGCAUCAUUCGUCGGGUGGUGGAUCCAGAGACGGGCAGAGAGAGGCUCAUUAAAGGUGACGGUGAAAUUCUGGAAGAAAUUGUGACCAAAGACAGAAACAAAGAAAUAAAUAAGCACAAGACGAUGGGGGAUGGAUUCACUUUCCAGGUGAGAAUGGGCCUGCACAAAGGUGACAGGAGAUGAAAUCCUGUGGCAUUAUCGGAGGUUUCAAAUCAACAUGGGCUGAGUAUUGGAAUGUUAUUUGAGACUGGCGCGUCAUUAGUUUGCAAUAAAUUGUACAGCAGUU